AUGCAACUAAGGUCUAGGAGAUCUGAAAUUUCAAAUAGCUGUUCCAAUGUUAACUCCAUCAAAUCCAGAAAUCGUAAAUUGACGGAAUUACCAGUGCCCUCUAAAUUAUCCCCACACCAAGUUGGUUUAUCCGAACCACCUAAAAAAUCAAAUAAAACUACUGUCGAAUCUUCACCUGUGACUGUUAUCGGUCGUGAGAAAGAAGUUGAUUUACUCAAGUCAUCUAUUCUUUUUUUUAUUUCUGAGCGAUGCAACGGAAGUAUUUACAUUGGCGGUGCCCCUGGUACUGGAAAAACGGCCACAGUAACUCAGCUAGUUCAACAACUCUCAGUUCAAAACCGCUGUCGGUCUUUGUUUCUCAAUUGCAUGCAAAUGGUUUCCCCUCCUGACGUCUACACUUGCAUCGUUGAGGGCCUGGGAGAAAAUAGUAUUUCUCGCCAUCUUUCCUCUCAAGAAAAAGUUGCUUCCUUCGUUGAGUCUUUAUUAACCAAAACCUCUCAACGGCUUCCCCUCAUUUUAGUCCUAGAUGAAAUUGAUCAACUGGCAUCUCGUUGUCAGGAUGUUCUGUACAGGAUAUUUGGAUGGCCUGAUGAUCUUAAUGAGGCUCACAUAAUCUUGAUUGGAAUCGCCAACGCUCUCGAUUUGACUGAGCGUCUUCUACCUGGUCUACGUGCACGGGCACAUCGCCCAAUCCAUGUUGCAUUCCCUCCCUACACCAAAGAUCAAAUAGCCCAGAUUAUCAAAUAUCGCAUUACUUCUGAUUCUAAGGAAAAUUCAAGCACACCUAUUGACGAUGUGGCCGUUCAAUUUUGCGCUAGAAAAGUAGCAGCCUCAUCAGGCGAUGUUCGAACGGCGUUGGCCAUCUGCCAACGUGCUUUGGAAUUAGCCCGCUUGGAGGCUUGCUCUAAACAGCCCGGUCCUGGUGAUGCUGUCCUUGAGGCUAGUCCAAUUGUCUCCAGAAAUCUCACACCCCUCCAACAGCGCAUAAUGUCCAGUCCUUCUGUCCGAAUUUCCCUCAAGAAGAAGUCGCUCCAAGUUCCCUCUUCAAAAUUGAUCAAUAUACCUGAGGGAAGUAAACAAAGUGCAGGAGAAUUUGUUGUUCCAACAAUCAAACACAUUAGCCGAGCCAUUCGUGAAGCGCAAUCUGGAGGUGAAGCAGCCCUCAACAAUACAAGCGGUGCUUCGGGAGCUUUAUCUGGAAUGCCACUGCAUCAUAAACUCGUGCUGGCUUCACUACUUCUCCUGCGUCGUAGAAAGAACCUUCGAGAGGCUACAUUGGGUCAAGUGUUUGAUGUCUACUCCUACGUGUGUUCACAGAGGGGUCACCUUACUCCCCUGGAAAUGAGUGAAUUUGUGAGUGUUUGUGAACUUUUAGAGGUCAGAGGAUUAGUUCGCUUGACUACUCCCGGUGCAAAAUCCGCUGGUAUUUCAAUGUCAGCGCGGACCAGGCGUAUGGCUCUUUUGUUGGAUGAUCGUGGAGUAGAAAGGAGUCUGGAUGAUAAUCUUCUACUCUCGUCGAUUUUAGCAAUUCCAUCACUUCCUUAA